AUGAGGCACUUGGAAGCGGCGCUGGCCCUGCUGCUUUUCCUGGUUGCGGCCGAGGCCGCGACGCAAGGGGCUUGCCCCACGAGGUGUCAGGAGGAAUGCGCAAAAAUGUGCGCCGACCCGUUUGACUACAAGUGUGCUGCCGAGCCGUGGCGGCACAUGCGGGUGUGCGGCUGGGACGGCCAGCUGUACAGAAACGAGUGCUGCGCUCGCUGCGCCGGCACCUACACCCGCGCCUUCUGCUCCGUGCCGCUGGCCAAGGCCACCUUCCCCAACAGCAACCCCAAGCUGUGCACGUUGUACUGCGGCGCGGAGACGGACGUCAUCAGCCUGACGGCGGUUGGGGAGCAGCCCGCGGUCGUCGCGGCGGCGAUGCAAGAGGCGCAAGCGUGA